ACUCUGAAUCGAGCGCCUCGACUUUGUAUUGAAAGCGAAUCGUAGCAGUGGGGCUUCUCUGACAGCCUUCAAACCUCUGACAGCCUCCUGAGUGUUUUGUGUCACGUGUUAUUGAUUGACUCAGGGUGUUACCAAAAAUUUAUUGAAAGCUGAACUCAAAAAAAUUCGAGAUGGCACCAACAACGGAAGAGAAUUUUGCCUUGGGGAUGACUUUAAUGAAGGUACUAUGUGCGGAAACAAAGGAAAACUUCGUUUUCUCCCCACUUAGUCUUGGAAUGGCCUUUACAAUGCUCGUGGCGGGACUCAAGGGUGACACCAAGAAAGAGGUGCUCGGUUUUCUAGGCUGUGCCAAUGAGGAUGCGUUGCACAAGAUGUAUUCUGAGAUCACCAAAGAUAAAAAUCUACCUCUGAAAAUCGCAAACAAGUACCUGGCCCAACAUACCUGUAAAGUGAAAGAAAAUUUUGAAAAAUUAAUGAGGGAAAAAUACGAAUCUGAAGUUGAGAUCGUAAAUUUUGCGACAGAUAGCAAAACGAUUGAAGGCGAAGUUAAUGAGUGGGUGGCGUCCAAAACCAAUGACAUGAUUAAACAGCUUCUUAGUCCUGGAACGCUGACUGCGGACACCGUUCUAGUACUCUUGAACGCCAUUUACUUCAAAGGUACCUGGGAACACGAGUUUACCCCCGUGCAAUACGACAUGGAGUUUAAGCUUCGUGAUGGGACCAAGGUGAAGAAGGAAUUUAUGACAAAAAAGUCGAGCCAUUUUAAAUACCUCGAGACGGAACAGCUUAGAAUGGUUAGAAUUCCGUAUAAGGAGGCUGGGUGCUAUAUGGUCGUCGCGAUUCCCAAGGAUGAAAAUAGGUACAUCGACGAGAUCAUGGCGAAGAUGACUACGGCCGAGAUGGCCCAGGCGGUAGAAAAGCUAAACAACGCGCGCAUACAGCAGGUGGUGCUUACAAUGCCAAAGUUCAAAAUUGACUACAAGUACGUAAACGUCGUCAGGCACAUUCAGGCCCUUGGUGUGACAAAGAUCUUCAACGUUGGAGAGGGAGAUUUCGGGGACCUAUUUGAAGAGGUCAAGGAUAAGGCGGGUGUGUCCGACGUCAUCCAUCGGGCUGUUAUCAUUGUCGACGAAAAAGGUACAGAAGCGGCGUCAGCCACAGCUAUGCAGCUUAUGCUGUGCGCAAUGUCUGUAGCAGUACCACCUCCGAUCAUCUUCAAUUUGGACCGGCCGUUCUCCUUUUUCCUGUCGUCAGCAGAUCACAGAGUGUCCUUUAUCGGGCUCUGCGCACAGCCCUAGAAGAAGCAAUAACUCCGACGAGGUUCUAUUAGAAAGCCUGCUGUACAUAUAUUAAAGUCCUCUGGUUCGCCUUACUCUUUAGAAAAGGAAGUAUCUCUAUUCAAAAUGCUGCUUUGCGGAGGUGAGCGGGAAGAGCACAAGGAUGGCGGUGGUUACGGCUGUGAUUCUCAGUUGGUGUUUGAAGUACUUCGGUCGCGUUUCCGUGAAUCGGCCCGUUGUACUCCCCCUGUCGAUUCUGGCUCAUUUCCCCUUAUUCCUUGGCGUGAGGCCAGUUAAUUUGAACAGCAAGAGUGCAGUCGUAUGAAGAACUAGAGUGUAACACUUAUACUCCGAAUCCAGAAAAAAUGUUCGGAUUACUUUUGUGACAUCUAAGACCAUCGUGCUUUCGAAUCUGACAGUUAUAAUUUGUUUUUAUUAAUUUGAUAAAUAAACUUAGAUAUAGUAUUAUUGUACUAAUAAACAUGCUAUUUAAUUUAAUGAGUUCAUACGCUGAGAGAACACAAGAACUGUUCGCUUAUUUUCGUGCUAUAAUCUAGCAUUGCUCAUCUACGCAUUUGCCCCCCGGAGGAUUUUUCUAUUAAUCCUAAUUGUAAACUACUCCCCUCACAUGCCGGACUUCUACAGCUGGGGAAUAACUAAACUACCAACUAUGGUCGUAGAUAAUAAAAAUGCAUACUUUGAUUUAAAAUAAAAGAACUUGCUUGGGAAAAGUUCGAAACUGCUAUCUCGCAUUUGAUAAGGAACGACACCAGUAUUUACGCUAGCAAUUUAACAUUAGCGUGCCUCGGUUAACACGUAUGGAUCAAGCAAGAUUUCUUCUAUGUACAAAUAGCCGUAAUAAAUGCCAUCGAAUUUCGGUUUUAGCCCUUGUUGACAGAGUACCGCCACGUUUUUAUGAGGCCCUUAAAACUUCACGAGGUAUUUCUUUUGACCUUUAUAAAGCUGUUACACAGUCGUUAAUAUUGAGUAUAAUUCAUUUGCGUAGUUACACCGCUUUCGAAGUUC